AAGCGUUCCCAUUUGCUCAGAAUCCUAGAGUCGUUCUUACAGUUCAGAUGCUUUUCUACAUGACAUUUUUUUGAAGGGAGCAAAUUUUUUUCUGUUUAUUUCUCCCCAACUAGCAUAAAUUUGUACUUUGGGUUGAGUAUGGAAAAUUUUCUCAGGGAAUAGGAGUCAGUUAGUUUACAUAAUCCAGACUGAAUAUAUGUACAGUUAUUUAACAUAAAUUCAGUAUUCCCUAACUUCUAAUCCACAGAGUGAGUGCAGACAUCUCUAGAGUUGUGUUUGGGAUCCCAGCACUCUCAGAGUGGAAGGAAACCACUGCAGCACGCCAUGGAUACUGAAGAAAACACGGCUGAGCUGUUACCCAGAAAUCCCUACUGUUCCAAUGAGGGAUCACACUGCGGCUGUAGAUUGCCUCAUGUGACCUUCCAGCCACAAUGGCCUUUGCAGGUUGCCGCAAAACCAUGGUCACUCUGGAAAACAUUUCUGGUGUGUCUGCUGGCCUGUCUGAUUGCCGUGACCCUUGUUGUUCUGGUUGUGUAUUUUGUUCACCUUGGCAAGCCCAUCUUCAUCAUUCAUGCGGACGGGAAGGCCAGUCAUGUGGCCUGCACCUCUGGCUCUGGCCCAUCUCCUGCCGCAGUUCCUACCCGGUAUCCUACCCCAUCUCCUGCCCCAGGUCCUACCCCAUCUCCUGCCGCAUUUCCUACUUCAUCUCCUGCCCCAUCUACCCUUCACGGAUCUCAGAGCACCCUGCCUUCUACCUCUGUGACCAACCAAAGCUCUUCAAGCACGGUGCGUCCAUCUGCCGUGGAGACCACACUGGAACACGAAGUCCUCAUUGAAGAAGAAGAAGAAGGGGGACAUCCUUGAGCCCUCAGCUCUCCUCAAGCCAGGUCAACACUCUUAUGCUGAAGGAGGCUCAUCUAAGCUAAUCUGUCCUCCCUGACAAGAGAUUCCAAAGCAUUUGACUUCAUGAGAUCUUGCCCCUCUUGCUCGGUCACUGGCUGGAUUCCCAUAUGGUGAUGGCUCAGUCUCGGGACUGGCAAUGUUCAAAUGAUCAGAAAAGUUUCAGCUCUGCCUGGUCAACUCAUCUAGAUGGGGUCCAGAGUUUUCUCUUGAUCCCUUUCAUACAACUGGCCUCGGUUAGCACCCAUGAAGUUUUAGCUGCUGCAGAGGCCAUCACAUGGAUCCUGCUCUACUUAAGCUAGUAUGUGUCGUUUGUUAUUGACUAUUUCUCAGUCUAUCUUCAGCAUUUGUAUCCCAGCUGAGAAAGAGAGAAAUGUUCAAGCAAAGUGAUUAUUGCUCACUGAUUAUUAAAUACCUAUGGAUCAUUA